GGCAGUACUGCCUAUUUGUAGUUUGGCACAGACUGGAGAUUGUUUUUAAAUAGUAUAAUAUUUAAUUUAGAGGUUCAAGUGUAUUAGAAGCAGACAUCGUUAUUCGUCUCGGGAGCAGACAGAUCGGGUGCAUAAGUUUGUGUUAUUGACUGUGAAACAUGCAACGUUCUGCAAGAAUGAAGAAAGAGCUAUCAUUGUUAAUGACUCAACCACCUUUUGGUGUUUCAUGUUGGGCUGAAGAUGAGAACAUUACUCAUCUCCAAGCCAUUAUAUUGGGUACCGAAGGUUCUCCUUAUGAGAAUGGUCUAUUCAAGCUAGCUAUUCAGAUUCCAGAUCGAUAUCCAUUUGAGCCUCCUAAGGUGCAAUUUAUGACUCCAAUUUAUCAUCCAAACAUAGACAAUGAAGGCAGAAUUUGUCUGGAUGCCUUACAGAUGCCUCCAAAGGGAAAGUGGAAACCAUCAUUAACCAUCUAUAGUUUACUGAUGUCCAUCCAAGUACUUAUGAAUGAACCUAACACAGAUGAUCCCUUGAUGGGUGACAUUGUAUGUAAAGUAUAUACUUUGUUUGCUUGA